AUGGCUGCAAUGAAGAUGGUAAGAUGGUACCUAGACCACUGUCAACACUGUGACAAAUCCUUCACAUCAUCUGAACAUUUAAAGAUUCAUCAGAGAGUUCAUACUGGAGAGAAUCUACACAGCUGUGAUCAAUGUGGGGCAGCUUUCACAAGAAAUGGUAACCUAAAAUCACAUCAACGCAUUCACACUGGAGAGAAGCCGUACAGCUGUGAUCAAUGUGGGAAAACAUUUUCUCAGAGUGGCAACCUUAAAAGUCACCAACACAUCCACACUGGAGAAAAGCCAUACAGCUGUGAACAAUGUGGUAAAACGUUUUCUGAGAGUAAUAGCUUUAAAAGACACCAGCGCAUUCAUACUGGAGAAAAGCUGUACUGGUGUGAACAAUGUGGUAAAACGUUUUCUCGUAGUAGUCACCUUAAAUCUCACCAGCGCAUUCACACUGGAGAGAAGCCAUACUGGUGUGAACAAUGUGGUAAAACUUUUUCGAAUAGUAGUCACCUUAAAUCUCACCAGCACAUCCACACUGGAGAGAAGCCGUACAGCUGUGGUCAAUGUGGGAAAACGUUUUCUGAGAGUAGUAGCCUUAAAACUCACCAGCGCAUCCACACUGGAGAAAAGCCGUACUGGUGUGAACAAUGUGGUGCAGCUUUUUCUCAUAGUAAUAGCUUUAAAAGACACCAGCGCAUCCACACUGGAGAAAAGCCGUACAGCUGUGAUCAAUGUGGGAAAAUGUUUUCUGAGAGUAGUGGCCUUAAAUCUCACCAGCACAUCCACACUGGAGAGAAGCCGUACUGGUGUGAACAAUGUGGGGCAGCUUUUUCUCAGAGUAGUCAACUUAAAAGACACCACCAGCGCAUUCACACUGGAGAGAAGCCGUACUGGUGUGAACAAUGUGGGGAAACAUUUUCUCGUGGUGAUACACUUAAAUCUCACCAGCGCAUUCACACUGGAGAGAAGCCGUACUGGUGUGAACAAUGUGGUAAAAUGUUUUCUGAGAGUAGUAACCUUAAAUCUCACCAGCGCAUUCACACAGGAGAGAAGCCGUACUCGUGUGAUCAAUGUGGUAAAAUGUUUUCUCAGAGUAGUAACCUUAAAUCUCACCAGCGCAUUCACACUGGAGAGAAGCCGUACUCGUGUGAACAAUGUGGAAAAAUGUUUUCUCGGAGUAGUCACCUUAAAACUCAUCAGCUCAUUCACACUGCCUCGUAGUGAACAUGUUUCAGAGCCGAGCUGUUUCCUCCUGCCUCCUUCUCAUGCCCUGAUAGCUGAGUUGUUAUAUUCUGAUCUUCUCUCCACAUUGAAGGCUACGGAGCCCCGGAGGUGACAUGGAGGGGGGAAAAAACAGAAAAAAAAAACAUGUACUGGGGACAAACCCUAAACUCGAGAUCUCGACUUUCAAACUCAAGAUCUCGAGUUUGUGACAUGGAGGGAAAAAGAACCUGAAGAAAAAAAAAAUUAAUAAUAAUCAAUAUGGAUACUCUGGACUUUUGUGCUGCUUAUGGAUGUU